AUGAUUGGACAAUGCAGCCUCAGACAACUACUCGAGUAUGGAUAUUUCCAUGCAGAUCCACAUCCUGAGAACCUUUUAGCAACGCCUGAUAGGAGACUUUCUUUUCUCGACUUCGGAAUGAUGAGUGAGACACCGGAAGAUGCGCGAUCUUCUAUAAUUAGUCAUGUUGUUCACUUGGUUAACCGAGAUUAUGAAGCUAUGGCUCGUGACUACUAUGCUCUUGAUUUCUUUUCAUCAAACGUCGAUGUUUCUCCAAUUGUGCCAGCACUUAUAGACUUUUUUGAUGAAGCACAUAAUUAUAUUGUGAGUGAACUUAACUUCAAGACACUAGUGGAUGGUCUUGGGAAUGUUCUGUAUCAAUUUCCGUUUAAUGUCCCAGCUUACUAUGCUCUGAUAUUGAGGUCUCUCGCUGUUUUAGAAGGUUUAUCACUUAAUGCCGAUCCCAACUUCAAGGUGCUUGCAGCUUCAUACCCGUAUUUCGCUAAGCGGCUUUUAACAUAUCCAAAUCCAUAUCUGAGAGAUGCUCUUAUUGAGUUGAUUUUCAAAGAUGAGAAGUUUAGUGCAAGUGGAGUAGACUCGAACACUUGCUAA